CCCGUGUUCACGGUGCUCUCCCAUGUUCCUGUGUCUCAGCUACCUGAGCUUUGCCCGCCUGUGCCGUGUCUGUGGCUGCACGUUCACCCGUGUUCACCCACAUUCUCCCGUGUUAACCCCUGUUUUCCCGUGUUAACCCCUGUUUUCCCGUGUUAACCCCUGUUUUCCCGUGUUAUCCCAUGUCCUCCCAUGCUCACUGUGCUCUCCCAUGUUCCCGUGUCCCAGGGCCUGGGCUGUGGCUCCUGUCCUGGCUGUCUCAGCACCGAGGACUGCGGCAGCUGCUGCAUCUGCCUGAGGCGGCUCCAGCCCGGCCUCAAGCGCCAGUGGCGCUGCCUGAGGCGGCGCUGCCUCCGCCCCAAGAAAUCGAGGGCAGCCAAGAAGACCCAGAUCCCCCAGGCCCUGAUGGAGAAGUGGAAGCCCUCCAUGGAGCAGGAGCCCAGCGACAACCCCAGCACCAGGCACAAGAAGCCGCUGACCAAGGGCAAGGAGAAGAAGAAACCUGGCCGACCCCCGAAGCCCCCCGGGCCCCGGCGGGGGGUGAGGAGCAGGGCCAGCCGGCGCUGUGGGGUGUGUGCGGCCUGUCGGCGCCCGGCCGACUGCGGCCGCUGCGACUUCUGCCAGGACAAGCCCAAGUUCGGGGGGCAGAACCUCAAGCGCCAGAAGUGCCGCUGGAGGCAGUGCCUGCGCUGUGCUAUGGUCAAGGAGGACCCUCUGGGGGGGCCUGAGCAGGGCCCUGGACCCCUCCCAGGGCCCCCCCUGCGCCUCUGUCCCAUCAAGGAGGAGGUGGGGCCCCUCCCGCGCCUCGAGGUGAGACCCCCCGGCCGCCUGGGACCCCCCCUGGAGAUGUGGGGGCCCCCACCGACCCCCCCUGCCCCCCAAGACCCCCGGCUGGGGCUCCUCAUCGCCUCAGCCCCCCGGCUCAAAGGGGCCCCCCCGGAGCCCAGCGUGGCCCCCCCGCCGCCCCCCCCCGGGGAUCUGGGGGUCCUGAUCGCCGCCACCCCCCGCGUGAAGCAGGAGCAGCCCCAGCCCAGCGCAUCCCUGGUGCCGGUGCCCCCCCGGCCUCCCCCGGCCCCACUGGUGGUGCUGAGUGAGAGUGAGGAGGAGGAGGAAGAGGAGGAGGAGGGAGGAUGCCGAGUGCCGCUGCCGCUGCCGCCGGCGCCGCCCCCGCCCUGGCCGGGCUCGUUCCUGGAGGAGCUGCUGGAGAUCCCCCUCCCCGCGCACUGGGGGGUGGUGGGGGGCGGCCCGGGGGGGGGGCCGGGGGCUGCGGCUGGUGCAGCGCUGUCCCCGCUCGCCCAUGGCCGCGGCCGCCGUGCUGCUCAACCCCGGGCUCGCCUUCCGCGUCCUGGUGGCCCGGGGGCGGCCGGUGCCCCCCGGGCACGAGGUGCUGGCCCGGAGACCCCCCCUGCGCUCCGUCCUCGACCUCGUGGAGCUGCUCUGCGACCUCGAGGCCUACGGGCCCUGCCCCGGCCCCCCCGGGGGCCCCCCCCGGGCCCCGCUGCCACGUCCUGGUGAGGGGGGGUCGCUGCUGCCGGCCCUGCCUGGCCACGGGGGGGGACUGAGGGGGGAUUGGGGAGGGGGGACCAAAGGGAGGGAGAGGAUUUGGGGGGAGGGGGGACUGGGGGGGGAGGAAUCCGGGGAAUAAAUUGGGAAGGUGGAUCUCUGGGGGAGGGGCAAAGUGGGCACAGAGUUGGGGGAGGCAAAUGGGAAAGGAACUGAAAUUGGGGGAGGUGGAAGUGAUAGAGGAAGGAAUUGGAAUUGGGGUGAAGGGAAUGGGGGAGGGGUGAAAUUUGGAGGGGGAAGAAAACAAGGGAGCUGAAAGUGGGGGGAGCAAAGGCUGAGGGAUGUGGGGGCAGGGGGGAGGAUUUGGGUGUUGCACCUUUGGGAUGGGGAGUGCAUUUGGGGAUGGACCUGGAGGGAGUGUGGUAGGGGCACUGGGGGUCCCUGAGGGGGUCUAAGGUUGAACCCCCAUCCCCUCUGUGGGAUCCGGGACCCUCCUGUGGGGGUCAGGGGGACUCCAAAGGGGUGACACCCCCAUUUUGGGGACCUCCCUCCAGCCCCUCCCCCAGUGACACCCCAAGGCUGAGGGACCCCAGAAGUGGCAUUUUUGGGUGGCACCACCCCACGUUUGGGAGGGGGGCCCAGUUUGGUACCACCCCUCGGUACCACCCCUCGUUUGGUUUCCCAGGGAUUUUGGGGUGCCCCCAGCACCCGUUUUUUUGGGGGUUCCCCCCCACCACCCCAGUUUGGGGACAUCAGGUUUAGGGGGCCCCAGAAGUUCUUUUGUUGCCCCAGUUCCCCCCAGUGCCAAACUGGGGCCCCUCCCCCACCCCCAGAGUUUCUAUUUUUGACACUGGAACCGCCCCCCCCCGGAAUUGGGGGCGCGGCCCCUUUAAGACCCCACCCCAUAGAGGUUUAAGGUUGACCCCGCCUGUUACGCGGCCCCUUUAAGGUGGGGGCGUGGUUCAGUUAAGCCCCGCCCCUCGGGCUAGGCCCCACCUACGCGUGUCUUCCGCCUGCUGUGACCCUGCAGGCCACGCCCCGUUCUAUGGAGGAGGGGCGUGGUCUGUACCCCUUGGCCCCGCCCCCCGCGCUGCUUUCAGGGAUUCGCGCCGAAGCCAUAACCCCGCCCCCUCCUUGGCCCCGCCCCCUCAGCAGAAUUAAAGAGACCGCGAAGAAUUAUUUUUGUUAAAAGUAAUAAAAGUUUUAAGGAGAAUAAACGGA